AUGGCGCCGCUUGCAGAUAGAGCCCAGGUUCUCGCCAACCUGCGAGCCCAGAUCUCAAACAAUAUUCCAAUCGUUGGUGCAGGUGCAGGUAUUGGACUAUCAGCUAAAUUUAUUGAAGCUGGUGGUGGCGAUCUCAUCAUCAUCUACAACAGCGGCCGAUUCCGCAUGGCUGGCCGCGGAUCUCUGGCCGGUCUGAUGCCUUACGGCAACGCAAAUGAUGUCGUUGUAGAAAUGGCAAGCGAAGUCCUUCCAGUGGUUAAGCAGACGCCCGUCAUUGCCGGCGUCUGCGGAACCGAUCCUUUCCGAAACAUGCCUGCUUUUCUGCAGCAGCUCAAGGGUUUGGGUUUUGCAGGUGUGCAAAAUUUCCCCACUGUAGGCCUUAUCGAUGGUCAGUUCCGUGCCAACUUGGAAGAAACUGGCAUGUCUUAUGAUAUGGAGGUCGAUAUGAUUCGCCUGGCCAAUUCUAUGGACCUUUUGACAACUCCUUAUGUGUUCAACGUCGAAGAAAGCAAGAAGAUGACUACAGCCGGCGCAGAUGUUCUUGUCGCUCACAUGGGACUUACUACCAGCGGCUCUAUCGGCGCAUCAAGCGGUAAAACACUAGAUGAAUGUGUCACUCUCAUACAGGAGAUCCGUGACGCUGCUGUUGCCAUCAACCCAGAUGUCAUCGUUUUGUGUCAUGGAGGGCCGAUUGCGGCUCCAGAUGAUGCGCAAUACGUUCUGAGUCGCACCUCUGGUAUCCAUGGCUUCUACGGUGCAAGCUCAAUGGAAAGAUUGCCCGUCGAAACAGCCAUUACCAACAUCACGAGAAGCUUCAAAGACCUGCGCCCAUCCUGA